UUUGUUUUAACAUUCAAGUUAUGUGAAGAGACGAAAAUGAAUGCAAUGUUUCGCCGGAUACACAGGACACUGGGUCAGGAUUUAGCUGUCUGUUCUUGACCUCCAUAGGGCUAUCCAUUACUCUGACGCCUACUGUCAGCUGUGCAGGGCAUAGUGUUGUAUUUGCUGCAUGCAACUGAUGGUGAUCAUUUAUGCAAGACAACAUUCAAAACCCACUUGACAUGCCAGAAAAGACCAGCAGUAUUGCUGGUGAAAACCAGCUAGCUGUUGGCCCUCAAGACAAUGGUGAUGCAACAAGCUCAGAAAAGUUGCCAGAAGAAGAAAACCUUCUAAUUCAGGAUAACAAGAUAAAUCUAACAUCAGAGCAAAGUGAUGCAAGGGGUGAGGACAAUGACAAGAAGAAGAUAGAAGAUGAUGACUACAAGGCUUUGCUUCAGGAUAGAGGAUGGGCCUGGUUUGUCGUGCUGGGCUGUUUUCUAUCCCACGUGAUUACAGGAGGUUUCGAGCGGUCUGAUGGCGUGCUGUUCUUGCAGUUUACUGAAAAAUUUCAAGAGAGUGCACAGCUUACAGCCUGGCCAGGGGCUCUGUGUUCAUCUGUCCGGCUUUUAGCAGGUCCAAUUGCCACAGCUGUGAGUAAUCGCUUUAGCGUGCGAACAUCUGUUAUGGCUGGCACCUUCAUCUUUGCCUUAGGGGUUGCUGUUAGUGGACUGGCUCCCAGUGUACCAUACCUCUUCUUUACUUAUGGUUUUCUGCAAGGAUUUGGGCGAGGCCUUGUCUAUGCUCCAGGUGUAGUUGUAGUUGGAAUGUACUUUAAUCGCCACCGUGGUCUAAGCACAGGACUGGGUACAGCAGGUGUGGGGCUUGGAACAUUCUUGUUCCCCCCUAUGGUGGAGAUGCUGUUUGAACAGUUUGGCUUUAGUGGUGCCUUCCUCAUGCUGAGUGGCAUUGCGCUGCACCUGUGUAUUGUAGCUGCUCUGUUUCGACCUCUGUUCAUUCAUCGCAGUAUUGUUAUUGGAGACAGGAAGAAGAAGAGUGUUGCUAAAGACUUGGAUGAUUUAGGAGAGGAAAGAGCUUUUGUUGCUAGCAAAGAAGGUUCACUUGAUCUGCCGAAAUCAACCAAGAAGGAUGCUUCGAGCAUAACUAUCGAGCUUUCUCUAGAUUCAUCAGAUCAUGACUUUCAGGAUGGUGGCUCCAGUGCAGAGAAGUUUCAAGAAAGCCCAAGGUUAAGGAGCAGGUCGAGGAUUAAGAACUGUUGCAAAAGUGUUAUUAGUUCAUGUUUUCCUGUGGAGGAGCAAAAAAUGGACAAAAAGAAGCAGAAACUCAUCGAAUGGAGCCUGUUGAAGAACCCACCAUUCCUUUUCUACUGCUUCAGCAUCUGUCUCUUCACAGCCGCUUUCAAGUCUGCUUUCACUUUUCUCCCAGCCUUGGCAGCAUCUUCUGGCAUUUCCAAAAUAGAAGCUGCCUACCUCUUGUCUAUUUCAGGCAUUGUGGACACCAUAGGGCGAGUUUUGGCUGGUUUCAUACUGGACAUGCCACGCAUCAAACCUUUCAGACCAUUGGCCUAUAACGGCAUCAUCUUUGUCAUUGUGGUUCUUUCUUUCCUUUCACCACUGAUGAACCACUUUACAGGGUUUGCUGUGCUGUUUGGGCUGUAUGGGAUGAUGACUGGAGCAUAUGUUUCACAGAAGUCAGUUGUGAUUGUGGACAUUCUUGGCCAGGAAAAACUUACCAGUUCAUUUGGCCUUUUGAUCUGCUUUCAAGGUAUUGGCACUGCUAUUGGGCCACCUUUGUCUGGUUUACUUCGGGACAUCUAUGGCAGCUUCAAGGAGGCAUUCUUUAUGGGUGGAGCAGCUAUGGCAGCAGCUGGAGGAUUAAUGAUAGUCUCCAACAUAUAUCGCAUUGUUAUGCAACAUCGUUUAAAAGCAGCCAUGAAAAGCACGAAAGAACAUGCAGAUGACAACUAGCAUUGGUUUUUGGAAUCCUUUUAUUGAUGUUCGCAAAAGUUUUCAAGCAUCACUCCAUUACAAAAUCAUGGGAAAAUUGUUCCCUUGUUUCAAGAGCCAUGGUGUGUUGCCAUGAAUUCUUUGUCUUUCAGAGAGAAAGAGUGUGUGAAUAAGCAAAGGAAGAGAAAACAUUGAACUGUUAUUUAUAUCACCCAUUUCAUUUUACAUCACAAAUAUUAAAGAAAAGUUAAUCAAAAUGACCAUUAAUUUACAAAGUCUUAAUAUACUUCAAAUGCAAUUUUGUUCUCAAGGAAUAAUAAUGUGACUUAGAUUUGUUUUAAGAUGUUUUUAACUGUGAAAGGAAAAUCAAGUUUAGAAAUGUGUGUUGUGUGAUUGAAUUUGUUUUUGUUGUCAGUUAAAGAAUCAUUCCUGUUUGUUUUUUAUUUUUAUUAUUGAAUGUUUUCUUUAUAUUGUUUCUGGUCAUUCCCUUAAGAUGGAUUCCUCGUGGGCAUUUACUAUUACAGUGUCCCAUUCAAAUUCAAAUGCUGUUUAAUGCUGUUGGUGUAUCAUAAACACAGUAUUGUGUCUUCUGUGCACUAUAUGUUCAUUAUUCAGUAUUUUAUAUACUAGUAUAGGAUUUAAACAUGUAUCUGUAUUGAGUCAACUGAGAUUGUGAUGAACAUAGAGUAAAAGAAGUGAACAUUGACUUGGUCUUUAAAGAUGGAAGCACCAAAAAAGAUUGUUCUGUGAUGGAAUUUUUCCAAUGAUGCACAUGCUGUUAGACUACUUUUGGAUAUAGAUGCUUUUGUGAACUUCAUCCAGAAGACACCUAACAUUUGUUUGUGUGCAUUAUCCUUGAGUUAUCUUUUUUAACUUUUUUUUUUUUACUUUAUUUGUCUCUAAUGAAGAUGUCAGUCCCAAAAUUUCUUGAAGAAUAUUUAAUUGGUAUUUAUAUAUAAACUAAACAGAUCAAUAUGCUGUUAACCCAGUGAAUCUUUUUUGGUUUUCAUGGUAUAUUGGUUUGUGUUGAUGUUUCUUUACUUGUUGUUGUGCACACUUAUCAUGUUAAACAUGUCCUUAUCUUAUUUUAUUUUCUCAAGUGACCAGAACAGAACCAAAAAAAAAUUGAUGUGACCUUUAAGACUUAAUUUUUUGUGGGAGGUUGGGGAGAUAUUUUAUUAAUCUGAUUAAGAAAUAAUGUAUAAAAAUAUAUAAUGGGCUUGAAUAUUUCUGAUUAGUUAAGAAAUCAUACCUGCUUGUUUUUGUAUAUUGAUUGUAUUUUUUCUAUCUAUUAUAUCUGGUCAUUCCCAGGAAAUGUAUACUUCAUGGUCAUCACAUCAGAAAUAGUCCCAUUCAAAGCAGCUUAUUUGCUGUUAGCAUAUGUAUUUUUGUAUAUCUUUUUAUAUUUCUGUUUAACUUUUGACAAUAAGCACCUUAAUGCAAACUGUCCGACAGAUAUUUAACAGUGCAUUUUGGUUAUACUUUUUAAGUUUACAAUAAUUUAUAAACUAUUUAGUGUUCUUCAGAGACUGCAAGGAGUAGAACCAAAAUAAACUAACGUGAACUUGUUUUUAUAAAUCACUGAAUGGGAUCAUUUAUGAUGUGUUUCAGUGAUAUAUAUAUACUCUCCUUACUUUCCCUGUACCCUGUAUGCUAAAUGUUAAUUUAAUUUACAAGACAGUGGUGAGGAGAAACAGAUACAGGGAGACAGAUAAAGGGGGAACAGUAAGAGUGAUAAAUAGGUCUUCCAGCCUCAAAAAGAAUUUUGAAAGGAAUACAGUGAUGCCUCUUUUUGAGUAAAUUGUAUUGAAUUGCAUUAAGUUUUAUCAUAGUAAAAGAGAUGGCCAAAAUUUGUUGUAAAAUUUUGCUAUUAGAGUUGCUGUGUCUGAUUCAUUGAGUAAAAAACAUGACCACACGUCUCUGGCUUUUAUUGUAGAUCAAUUUCUUGUUUUAUUUAAUGUUUAUAACUAAAAACGUUUUCCAUGCCCAUCACCCUAGUACUAUUUAAAGACUUUUAAAGUUCAAGUUUUUGUGUUAGUAGUCUCUCAUGUAAGAUCAGCUUUGGCUAUUUUCAUUUGAUGUGACUUUUGGUCAUAUGUCAUGACAGAAUUUGUUGUUUUAGGGGAAUAUUGGGGGCUAUAAUGUAAGGCUGUAAAAAACAGACUUUCUCAUGGCAAUCAUCUUUAUGUCUACAGAGAUGCCUCCAAGCAUAAUCUGUUAUGCCAUCUGGCAUAGAAAA